AUGGCGGCGGAGGAGGCCAGGAAACACUCGUUCCCACUCGGAACCCACCUGCCCGCGAGUUCCCAGGGUUGCGCAGCCGGGGAACGGCGGCCUCCCGCAUCCUUCCCCAUCCGGGGCGCCGGGGUCGCGACGGCGGCCGAGCACUUCCGGGUUUCCGUUCCAAAAUUUGGCAAGAUUCCUUCGUUUAGUGAGGCUAGCCUCAUCAACAAGCCAUUAGUGCUCAGCCUCCCCAAAAGAUCUCCUCAUUCCUCUGCCACCUUUCUGGUUUCAUCCAAGAAGGAUAUGAAUUUGCCAAUAAUGUUUCAAGUUCCAGAUGUCUUAUCUAAGGCUAGGAGGAACCAGGGUGACCCCAUGCUGAUCAGAAACAAGCAGCUGUGCUCCAUGUGUCGAGAAAUAAAAACGGUACAAUCAAGAGCUGUAAUAAUCCCAAGUGAUCUGAAACUAUCCUUUAAGAAUUUUAUGAAUCAAAGAAUGAUGAGCCUUCAUCCACCAAAAGCCCAGACAGUACGCAAACCUUCCCGUGGUGACAUCCCAACAGAGAGCGUUCACUACAGACUGCCCAUUCUGGGCCCCAGAACAGCUGUCUUUCACGGAAUGCUGUCAGAUGCCUACAAAACUCUGCAGGAGACACAUCUCUCUUCCUUAUCCGGAAAGGAACCAAUGGGCAAGACAAUGAGGCAGAGAGUGAUCAGAACUCAUAACCUUGCAGACUCAGAGAGAAAACAACCUCCCCAGGCCAGUUUCUGACACUAGUGCCUUCUCAUUAUUUCCUCCUAUCACCAAAAAGAUGACUCCAUUUUGCCUUCAUAAGAGUUGCUAGCCCUUGCCUCUAUCUUCUCACUUCUCACUUCGCUUCUCAUAAAGACAAAAUGGUUUAAUUUACAUCAUUAUAAAGACAUUGAUUAAAAUGGAGCAUUUGAGUGUCAGUCAUUUUGUUUUGUUAAAGAUUCUUAAUUAUGUUAUAAUAGAUAACAUCCUGCUGUUUCUAAGACAUGAAUUUUCUGUGAAGAUUAUUUCAGCUCUUCCCUCAGGGCAGGGGCCAGAGAUGACUCCAGGAGGUCCCUCAUGAAUU